GAGUGACGUCACGCGCUCGAACGUAACCCCUCUCCUCGGGGCUGCAGCGACGACGACGACAACAACAAGGAAGUGAUUGAGCGAGAAGAACCGCCGCCGAAGCCGCCGCCGAAGCCGACAGUCGCCGCAAUCCCCCGCAGCUGACCGAGCCGCCUUUCCCGCCGCCGCCAUCAUGAACAGCAAAGGCAAGAGGCUGCUCCCGACCCCUCCCGCUCCUCCCCCCGCAACCCCGCCCAAGUCUCCUCAGCGCACUGCGAGGCGCUGCUCCUUUAAGGCUGGCGCCGCAGUCCCGUUAUCUGCGGGCCUAGCCCGUAACUGGCGGCAGUCCUGGCCAAUGGGAAGCCUCGGAAAGGCCUGUGUGUGGAGGGACGAUGGGAUGGGGGAAGGGCGGAUGUUAGGUUGCUAUGACGCAACCCUCCUGGCCAGAAAGUUAACCCUGUGGCUGCCGCGUGGGGGGUAAAGAUGGGGGGGGGGGUUCGUGGGCAGAAAGAGCCCUCCGUUCCCCUUCGAGAUCUGCGCUGUGGGAACACGGGGAGGAGUCACGUGGCCCCUUGGCAGCUCGCAGGCGCAGUGCUGCGGGGGCACCCGGGCUCCCCCGGACCGGGUCUCCCUUCCAUCAGGCCCGCGUGAAAAGCUUGGGAACUGUAGCGCUGGAAGCCAGAGAUGAAGGGAGGAGGGGGGAGAUUGGAUGCCGGGCUUUGGGGGAGGUGGGUCGCGUGGAGAUGGGGAAGCCCCCGUGGGAAUUAGGUGGUUGUGGGGGGAAAGUGAUCUUCCCUUUUUUGCACAGCGGAUCUGGACUGCAAAGAGAAGGUGCUGGGUGUUUGCAUGUGUGUGUGUCGUCUGUUGCUGCCUGCAAACACGUACCCAAGGUCCCAAGCACCCAAUCGCAUCCUGGCGUUCCAGGAUUAUUACCCAGCAUAUUCAGUUCCUAAUGGUAGCUUGGAUUUCCCUCCCUCCAAACAGGCACUACUGUAUUAAAAUGCGCGUGAACGUUUGUUGAUAAGUGUUUUUCAUAGAAUUGUAGAGAUCGAAAGGGAGCGCAGGGGUCAUCCAGUCCAACCCCCUGCAAUGCAGGACAACACUGGGGCUCAAACCCACAGCCCUGAGAUUGAGAAUCUCAUGCUCCAUCCACUGAGCUAUCAGGGUGCAUGGACUGAUAAACAUUUCUCCGCUCCAUCACUGCUUUCUCAAAACGCAGUUAUGGGCCCAAUAGGAUCACCACUAACCAGGCAGGUGGUUUGUGAUGCUGUUCUUGUCCCUGGUAAAUGUCUGGGUCAUAAGGUGAGGUAGGACAGUGAAUUGAGGAAGGCCACAGAAAAGUUAACAGGAAAAAAUUGUACCAGAUCCUUAGGAAGAAGCUGGCAGGGGAAGGUAGCAGAGGAGGCUGCACCUAUUGUCUGAUUAAGACUGGACAGGAAUAAACAGUGACCAUUAAGACUAAUCACAAGAUUUGAGUGUCUCCUGCUUGGACAGACACUAAUCCCAUUUUUUGUUCCAUAGUGGAUCUCGCCCUGCAUUUUUGCUUUGCUACUCUCUACCUGUAUGACAGGUGUAAUGCCAAUAAACUGUAUUUUACUUGACUUGACAAGCAGAUUCUGGCCAGUCAGUGCAUUUGGAAUUAAGCCCAAGUUCAGUGUGUUGCUCACUGUAAAGUGAGCACAUUUACAUGCAGCCUACAUGGAAUGGACUGUGUGGUACAUCAUGUAGUCCAAGCUUGUGACCUAAAUGGGUAUUUUGACCUGUAUUUCAACACCUCCCGCCUGCAAUAGUACCUGUUCAGCCUGUUUUUUGGGAAAUCUCCAAGCAAGGGAAAUCAAUAUUAUUCACUUAAUUCAUUCAUAUACCACUUUUCUGUCAAUGUGGUCUGCAGUUGAAACUACUAAUAUAUAGUUAUAUAUAUAUAGAGAGAGAGAAUGACAAAACCAGAAUAAUAUUGGGUCAUUGGUGGUCUCUCAGAAGCUGAUGAUAUGAGCUCCCUGUCCUGGGAUUUUCUCUUCGUGCCUUUUCAUCUUGUUCUUGUGCAGCCUGGGAGCUGAAGCAUUAAGAAAAGCUUGGGGGAAGCCAGCAUAAGUGCCCUCUACUUUUUGCUGGGCUCCAGCUCCCAUUGUCCCUGGUAAUGCUUGUUGGGGAUGAUGGGAAGAGUUGCCACAACAUCUGGAGAACAUCAUGUUGGCUACUUCUGCUCUAGAUCAGCUUGACUCUCUUCAAUUUUCAGAACAAUCUGAUAGCUUGAGCAUUCUGUCUGACACCAAUGCUAUCCAGUUUCUAUAGAUACCUACAAAGUUUCAAGUAUAAGCUAACCCCUUGUAGUUGAAAUUCUGCAUAAUGCUUACCUAGUAGAUAUUUGUAACAGGUUGAAUGGCCUAACUUUAUGACGAGGUGUAAAAAGCAGGCCAGCCCUGCUGUGGAAAGAAAUAUGGGUUGGGGGGACUGUACCAAAUGGGCAAAGUAAUCUCAUUGGAGGAGAUACUUGAUUAGACUACCAAUGAUGGAUUUCAGUGUUUCACUGUUAAAUCAGUUUAAUAGAUGAAAAUGGGUUUGAUGUCUGUGGGAAGAAUGAUUAAGCAGUCCUUCUCUUGCUAACUUCUGAAAGAUACUUAAGGUCCCCAUGAGAUGGCACCAUCAAUUUUUUAAAAAAACAAUUAUUGACUACUUUUGGUCUUAAGCCUGGUAGGAGAGCAGGUUUGAAUGACAUCAGCUGAGCCUCCUUCAUUCAUCCCUCAUUUUCUAGGUAGCUUCCUGCAGAUGUAAUUUUCUAGGAGAUGUUUUGUUGUCUUUAGACCUUCUGCUGUUUAGGUAUCUCUCUUCUUUCAGAUCUGUUUUCUUUCUUUCAGAUAAGGCUUCCAGAAGAGAGUGUUUCCCUGACCUCACAUGCUUCCUGUUCUUUUGCAGCAAGAACAAUUGUGCUAACAUUGAUUAACUUUUCCUCUUAGGUCAAUAUCCUACACAGCCUUCCUACCCGGUUCAACCUCUUGGUAAUCCAUCAGUCUUCCCACAGACCAUACAGCUUCCUCAGGCUCCACCUUACACCGAGGCCCCUCCAGCUUACUCUGAAGUACGUACCUUGUUCUUCUUUUAUAAGAAUGUAAGACUAGGCCUGCUGAAUCAGACCAAAGGCAUUUCCCCACUAAUAAAGAUAACAGUACUGAUUAGUAAUGAUGGCGGGGAUGGAGUUGCUGCUUACAGUAGUAUAUUAUCAACUACCUUGCGCAUUGUGGCAUUUUUAACUUCAAAUAUAGACUUUCCAAGCUCUGCCUUAGCCGCAUGCAAACGUUUGCAUGUCUGGAUGCUUCAUCACGAUCCUGGGUCCUGCAUGGCAACAGAGACAACUUGCUUUCAAACUUUGUGUCAACACCUGUUGAUCUCAUAAGGGGUCGUAGUAUGCCCAUAACAUGCCACUGUGGCAACGAAGAGUUGAUAUGGCACCAUUCUCAUAAGGGUCUUGCUGAGCUUAGUGCCUUUGCUGAGCCUAACCGGCUUUGAAUUGUGUAGCACAUGGUGACUCAGCUUCCAACGACAAUGGUUUACAGAGAACACAUUAUACCAGUGUUAUAGUUCCCUUCUGCCUUCUGAGUACACCUCAAGGUUGUUGCUGUUUAUUUCUCCCUUUUAAAAAUGUUUUAUCAAACCCUUCCCCACAGAAGUGGAGUACCUGAUUGUGCUGGACUACAGUUCCCAUAAUCCUUGACCAUUGGCUAUGCUGGUGGGGAUGAUGAGAGUUGAGAGUCCAUCUGCAUCUUUACCAGCUGAGUCCCAAGCUGCCUAAGAUACUGCCUCAUUUAUUCUGUCCCACAAUACCCCCCACUCUUGGGUUUAUCAUUCAUGUACCAAGGACCGCAAGAGGACCGAGAGAUGUGAAGAGACCUUCUCACAGGCUGGUCCAACAUCUUGCAUCUCUCUUCUCUUGGGGACUUAUUUGGAGAUAAGCAUCUUUUGGAAAUCUUUUGUGGCUAGCUAUUAGCUGCCAGGGUUAAGGUAGCAAUGAUGGUGGAUUUUAGGUGAACUGUUAUACCAGCUUUUAAUUUCAUCAUAGCUGAAUGUAUUUGUGUGUGUUUACCUACUUUUAUUCAGGAUGGGCUAGGGCCAAUCUUUGUAUUUUUAAAAUAGAUAAUGGAAAUUAUGUGAAUUGCUUGUGAUGUUGACUGUUGCUGUUAUACAUCUAUAUGCACGACAUUUUACUGAGUAACUCAAGCAAAGAAGACAGGUCUUCACCCUGAGCUUGCAGUCAAAAUUUAAACUGUGGAGGUGAUGAAGGAGGGUUUUAGAAGCAAGAGGCUGCUGUGGCUGAUAGUGCUGCUUACACUCUUGACCUCUUAAAACAGGCACCGGGCAUCAACAUUCAAUGCUGGCUACUACGGCCAGUUGUUCAGAUAUUAAUUGAUGGCUCCUUCUGUUUUGAUGGAGUAGCUCUGUUCCAAAAUGGGAAGAGGAGGUAGGCAGGUCAGUUGGUGGCAGAGUAAUUUCUAGGCAUGUUUGCUUGCAGUCUUGGGCUUGAUCCCCACAUUUAGAAGAGUGGCCUCCAUGGCUGGGAAGGAGUUUUGCCUUAAAUCAGGCAUCCCCAACCUGCGGCCCUCCAGAUGUUUUGGCCUACAACUCCCAUGAUCCCUAGCUAACAGGACCAGUGGUCAGGGGUGAUGGGAAUUGUAGUCCAAAACAUCUGGAGGGCCAAAGGUUGGGGGUGCCUGCCUUAAAUUCUAGGGAGCUGCUGUGAUUCAGUGUGUCCCAUGGAUUUAUGUUUUUCCCCACAUGUUAUAGGGCAGGCAUGUCCAACUCCCAAGAGGCUGUUGAGCUUUUUUUUUGGGGGGGGGGGGAGGGUUGGCCAAAGACAAUCUACCUGAGACACCCCUGCAAUCUACCUGUUGGACAUGUCAUGAUGGAUAAGCACCAGGUGCUACAAACAAACAGGCUGAGACUGUCAGCCUUACAUCUCUUGCUUGCGAGUUUGCCAGUAGCACCUGGCUGUCUGCUGCUAGAAAUAAAAUGCCGCGGGCUUAAUGGUCUGUUUUAGCAAGUCAUUUCGUCUGUUCUUCAAUUAAUAAAAUGCAUUUCUGUUGUCAGUGGCAAUAAGCCACUUUUUUCUAAGUUUGAUGUGUUGAGGUGUAAGGUUUCUGAUUAAGGGGCCUUGGAAUAAGAAACAUUUUCUGUGCUCUCUCUCUCUCUCCCUGCAGCUCUACCGCCCAAGUUUUGUGCACCCCGGAGCUGCCACUGUACCUACCAUGUCUGCAGCUUAUCCUGGUGCCUCCCUGUAUCUUCCUAUGGCUCAAUCCAUGGCUAUGGGUCCAAUGGGCUCUUCAGUUCCCCUGGCAUUUUAUCCGGUGGGCCCUGUCUAUCCUCCUGGGUCCACUGUUCUUGUUGAAGGGGGCUUCGACGCGGGAGCACGGUUUGCAGCUGGUGCCCCUGCAAAUAUUCCUGUAAGUAGGGGGCGAAGUAGAGUGAUUGCAUCUUUCUUGUUUUUAAAAUAGUCUGGGAAGGGGUGUGUGUGUGCUUAAAAAUUAUGUCAGGGAUUGUUUAUUGCUGGAGAACCUGGUAUACAAACUAAGCAGUAUCAAAGCAAAUACCUGUAGUGUAGAGGAAUCGGCAGCGUUUCUUUAUUGAAAUAAUGAACAGCUCUGCAGGGAUUAUAAGGUCUUUCAGCCAUAAGCUUCACUCUGGGUGUAAAUUGUGGUAGACAAGCCAUGAGAUCAGCCAGAGAAAACACCAAGCAACCUGAUUUUCCUGAGCUUCUCUAAAGUUUAGUGAGAACAUAAGGUAAAGGUAAAGGGACCCCUGACCAUUAGGUCCAGUCUCUGGGGUUGCGACGCUCAUCUCGCUUUAUUGGCCAAGGAAGCCGGCGUACAGCUUCCGGGUCGUGUGGCCAGCCUGACUAAGCUGCUUCUGGCAAACCAGAGCAGCACACGGAAACGCCGUUUACUCCCCCCCCCCCGGAGCGAUACCUAUUUAUCUACAUGCACUUUGACGUGCUUUCGAACUGCUAGGUGGGCAGGAGCAGGGACCGAGCAACAGGAGCUCACCCCGUCACGGGGAUUCGAACCGCCGACCUUCUGAUCGGCAAGUCCUAGGCUCUGUGCUUUAACCCACAGUGCCACCCGCGUCCCUUAGUGAGAACGUAAAAGUAGCUAAUUUCCUUCAGUUCCGGUUUGUGCACUGAAGCUACCGCAAGGAUGCUUUGUGGGUAGGCUGCUAUCUUUGGGAGGGGAUUAUCUCCUCCUUCCGAGGGGAUGCCCCCUUUUCUUCUGGAAAGCCCAGCUUUGCAGAAGUUAGGUUUUGCAAAACCAUCGGGGAGAGGCGAAGGCCGUAGGCUGGAUCUUUGGGAGGCUUGUUGGCUUCAGGGCAGUCCAUGGAGCUCUUCUGCUCUGUGCAGGUCUUCUGCUGCCUUGCCUUUCUAGGCCAUGCCUUUUUAAAAAAAUUGUAUGGAAAUAAAUCUGCACUGCAUUUUGUCUGCCAAUGCACAGCAUGUUGCCGUUCGUUUUUCGCAGCUGACUGCUGCUGGCUGCAGAAACAGCCGAGGUGGAUGGGCAAGCAUAUAGUCCCACCACAGGUACCGCUGUGUGGUCUGCAAUUGUAAAUCACUGCUGGUAUGUGGAGGCAGGGACAACUUGCUCAGCGAAUGACAGAAUCCCAGGCUCGGUCCAUGACAUCUCAGCUAAAAGGGUCUUUUGAGUAGGGCUGGGAAGGCGUCUCUGCCCCAGACCUGGGUGGAGUUCUGCCAGUUGACAGUUCCUAGCUCUGAGCUAGAUGGAUCAACGGUCUUGCUUGGUUGAGGGCAACUUUAUAGGAUCAUUUGUGCAGAACAGUCUGCAUCAUUCACUGUUAUUAAGCAUUAGUAAAGUUAAAGGGACCCCUGACCAUUAGGUCCAGUCCUGGCCGACUCUGGGGUUGCGGCGCUCAUUCUGCUUUAUUGGCCAAGAGAGCCGGCAUACAGCUUCCGGGUCAUGUGGUCAGCAUGACUAAGCCUCUUCUGGUGAACCAGAACAGCACACGGAAACGCCGUUUACCUUCCCGCUGGAGUGGUACCUAUUUAUCUACUUGCACUUUGACGUGCUUUCGAACUGCUAGGUUGGCAGGUGCUGGGACCGAGCAACGGGAGCUCACCCCGUCGCGGGGAUUCGAACCACCGACCUUCUGAUCGGCAAGUCCUAGGCUCUGUGGUUUAACCCACAGCGCCACCCGCAUUACAUUGCUGUAAUACUGCCUUUUUAGCACGCAGCCCACAGACUGGAUGUGGUUUGGAUGCCAUGUUGCCCAGCCUCCCAAAUUCUUGUUUAAACCCUGGUUUUUGGAGCCCUGCUUGGCAGCCCAUGGACAGUCUGGGGGCUGCUUGCUUGUUGCACCUUCUAUAUGCUUUCCCACCCCCCGUUAACAGGUUGCUGUUUUUCUCUUCCAGCCCCCGCCUCCCGGCUGCCCCCCCAACGCGGCCCAGUUGGCUGUCAUGCAGGGCGCCAACGUUCUAGUGACGCAACGGAAGGGCAACUUCUACAUGGGAGGCUCUGAUGGCGGCUACACCAUCUAGUGAAAGAAGGGGGGGGCUACAUUGGUGUAAAGGAACGACAUCACAUACUGUCAGCACUUCUCACAAUGUAACCGCUUUAGUCGUAUUAACCUGGAGUUGCAGUUUAGACACAUGAUGAUACGGGGUGUCUUCCUGGUGCCCUGUCCCUUCAGGCACUUUUUUCUUUUUAAAAAUUAAAAAAAGCAAACUUUAAAUACAAAAACCAUGCAAUGGUAGGAGUGCCUCUCUCAAACUUUGGGGGUUAAAUUGUGAAAUGAACGCGAGCUGAGCUGCCCCACAGAUUUCCCUUUUAAUUCCACUGGAGAGUGCUUUCACUGCAGCUCUCUCUCUCUCUCUCUCUUUCGGCUUUUAUUAAUCAACUAUAUAUAAAACCAGGGGGUGGGGUGGGGGUGGUGAGAAAGGGACGGGAGGGGGGGGAGAAACGGAAGUCUGGAAGAAAGCCUAGCUUCCAAGUAUCAUAUAAAGCUUGCAGAUAAUGCCUGUUGCCAAUGAAUAGGAUUAAGAUAUUGCAUCCUCUUUCCUCUUCCAUAGAAUCAGUGGUGCUGGGGAGAAAGGUGGCCGGAUAUAAUUCUUUUGGGAGGGAGGGCAUCGAUGGCAGAUGCCUGUUCGAGAAGCAGGACUGGUGGGCUAAGUUCUCAAUUUCAGAACCCUCCAGCCAGUUCCUUCUCCUCACUUUCGCUCUCUGUUCCUUUGCUAGGAAGGUAUGCAGCUAGAGUGUUGGCCCGAGAUGUUCUUUUUCUACACUCUUAAGUGAUCUUGGACUCCUUUGCACAUUAAGAUUCUAACUGAAGCCAUGUUUUGGUGCCAGAAACACAACAUUUCAUUAAAUGCUUCCUGUACUUUUCAAAAUAAAAAUGGAAAUGAGAGCUGAAAAUGAAACAAUUUUUUUUAAGGGAAAAAAAAGCAACCCGGUGUAUUGAUAACAAAACUGUAUGGAAUGUUAUUCAGGCUAGAGAGACGAGAAGGUCUGUUGGAUGUCAAUCAGCAUGCAAAGGUGCUGGCUUUGAUGGGUUGGUUUUUUGUUUUGUUUUAGAUUCAAACUUUACAAAGUGGCUUGGGUACAAUGAAGUCUUAUUAGAGUUAAGAAGAAUAUUUCAGGGAUCCUCAAUCUUUUUUGUUGUUGUUUGCUUUUGUUUUUAUGAAUUAAAAAAAUUAUCAGAUUUGGUGAAUAUAUUUUAUCUUAAUUUUCUGUGUGUUGUAUGUGUCAUGGUCAACCAUACAGCUGACUGUUAAUGAAAGGUUGGGAUUCUAGGUCUCUCUGUAAACACUGUGGUGCACUUAACUUGUGGACUUUUUAUACUAAAAACAAGUAGAAUAAAGGCUAUUUUGAAAAUUUGAAUAAAGUGACAAAGUUGAAUUUA